GCUUGUAGUAAAGAUUGCAGCGACAACGCCAACUCUAGGACAUACCACAUCAGAAUGAAUAAAUAAAGUUAAAGUGUAGUACGCAAGUCAUGACUAUACUGUGAUCUUCCGGCCCGCGUGCUGCGAGUCCGACCGCAGUUUUACCUGCGAAACUGAGUUGAGUUGGGUUCUGAAGGAAACACAGAGAAGAAGUAGAAUCGCUUUAAUAAACCAAAUGACCUUCCCCGCACUUUAUUCUCUGUUUCGCCCCCCGUAUCCAUGAAAGCCCCGGCGACGCCAAAAUUUGCGAUUGUCUCUCCGAGUGCUUUGCGGGGGUUCUCAGCUGCGGCAGAACUCGCGCAGGGCCGCUGGUUUCCUGCUUCUCGAUGAUGGUAUCCUCCGGAAGCACGGCCCCCAUGUCCUCCUCGGCGGCGGCGGCGGCCGGGAGCAGUUCUUUCUCCGCUGCAAACAAGAUGAUGACCUUUUACAACGAGUCGGAGGCGCUGAGCAGCACGACCAGCCAAAACCGGCCUGGCUCCAAAAACAUCGACUCGCUGCUGCGGUUCUUCCAGUCAGACUACUUCAAAAGCGAAAUCUUCUACCUGAUGCACUACCUGUACCACGACGAGCGGCCGGGGAUCCAGGACUACUUGGUCAACCAACUGUACGAGAAAUCCGACGUCGAGGUGGAUUUCUACCUCUGUCAACUCGUGCAGAUCUGCAUCACGAGGCUGUCCGCGAAGGAGACCACCAAAUCUGCGCAGUCGCUCUCCAAGUUUCUCGUGUGGAAAGCGAAAUCGUCCGUGCAUUUCGCGUUGAAAAUCCACUGGCUGGCCAUCUUAUCCUCUGCAAAAGUAUUGCGCUCGUACAUUAGCAUGACAAAAAUACUUUCUAUUACCGUGUCUAGCAUGACAAAGUCCUCGCUACACAGGUAAAUUGGUGUUGCGAUUGCCGCUAGUGCGAUACUUUUGUAUUGCAUACAUCUCGGUCUUCGAGGAGCGGGAACAGACCAAAGCUCUGAAAAUCGCCGGAGACACCCUUAUCGAUCAGGUUUGUAGGAUUAGCAUGAAUGUGGAAUGUAGAAUUAGCAUGACAAACCCAAAUGGAAUGUAGAAUUAGCACGACAAAUAAGACAAACUCUACUACUAGGUGGAGCGCGCCGUCGUGAAUGCUCACUUGGACACGUUCAAGAAGGGACCGACUGCUAUUUCACGCAAAAUUGUUGUUGUGCCAGUGCCUGCCAUUCCCAUUGCUGUGUCCGGGCGCAAGUCGAUUUUGUAUCAUGAUCAGCAUGUUGAUGUUUGUAAGUACCUAGAAGUACUACUUGUACUAGAUCUAGAUGAGGGACCGGACGACGGGGGUAGAUCAUAGUGCUCAUACUGUAAGUAUGCCUUUAGGUACGUAUGCAACAUCACGAAUGCGCAUGGAAGGUGGCAACGGCGCAUCAGCUAUAAGUUUUUCCAACCGAUACCACCCUCCUCCAGCGCCACCUCGAUUCGAAAGACUUCCUCCGAAACCCUUUCUGACAACCUUAACGCAGCACCAGGAGCUCCUGCUGCUGGUACUUCUAUCCUCACCUACCUCCGUUCCUUGAAGCGCGACGCGCGAGGCGGGUUUUUAGAGCUGGACGAAGCGGCGCCAAAUGUGUACGCUGGCGACCAACUGUCGGAUAGCAUACCCAGGAUUGAAGAGCAACCCAAGAUUCUCACGGUACUUGAAAAUUUGAUCAAGGGUCUUGUCUGAGGAUAGCAGCACCCCACUUCUUCAUAUUAGUGUGGGUAAAAACCAUGGAAAAUGAAACUGUGAUUUUUGACGAUCAAAAGUUAAUACAACAAGCAUACUAGGAAACCGCUCGUCACUACAUGUCUACCAACAAAAAAAGGUAAACUACUGGAACACGCAAUUGGCUUUUUCGACUUUCCUGCUCUCCCUAUCUGACUACGUGAUUCGGUAUCGUGGAGAAAAUGACUGGUGAUGGAUUUUUCUUUUUGCUGAUUUGUCAUGCCCGCCAGCAACAGGAAGAGGAACAGCAUGCUCAUUGCAGGCAUUAUGAAUGUGUUUUAGUUUUUGCGUAUGUUGUAGUUGACAAAAGCGCCAAAUUGGAAUUUCCAUCCCUUCCCUGUGUUCCCGUUAUACCCGGUGCGAAGACCGCGACUUGGCGAUCCAAAAGCCGCUAAAUCUCCUGAACGUGUGGCUUCUGGAGCGCAGGUGCUUCGUAUGACAGUGCACAACUCCCCCUCGUCCCCCUCAUUUGUCAUGCAAAAUACCGAAUCCAACCUCUGUGUGUUGGCACUGUUUGCAUGACAAGUUCUGGUAGCCCAAAUAGCACUACAAUCCAUUAGAAAUUUGUCAUGCAAAACCGGCACUCUUGCUGAUGCCUGUAUUGCCGCUUAUGCAAUACAAAUGAGGGUGAGGGGCGGGAGUUGUGCACUUUCAUACUUCGCCGCGACGGCGCUAUCGGAGUUUCAAAUGAUCGGACUGCACGUUCCUUUGCACGGCUGGGACACUAGGUUGCAGCUGUUGAAGGUAAGAUAAUGCAUUUAAGUACUUCUAUCCACCAUCGUAUUCGUGGUAUGGCUAAGCCUAAGGUCCUACUUGUUCUUCUCCUUGAGAGGUUCUUCGAAUAAAAAAAGGUAGGGCCGCUCUGUUGAUGUUCUUAAUCUGAAGAGCGAAGGAGCCACAGCCACCAACAUGACGGAGAAAAAAUCAGUAUCAAAAUAGGUCCAUGCCCACGAUUGCCGAGUUUUUUCCACGAAAACCCGCGCUCCUUUUCUGCUCAUUUGCGAGUUUGGCGACUUAGAUGAAGAGCUUGACGACGAGGAGACGAAACUAUGAAAGUGCACAACUCCCCCUCCCCCUCAUUUGUCAUGCAAAAUUUCAAAUCCACCCUUUGCCUGUUAGUACUGUUUGCAAGACAGGUUCCGGAAUCCGCAACAGCACUACAAUCCCCUAGGAAUUUGGCAUGCAAAAGCUGCAUCUUUGCCAGCGCUUGUGUUGCUGUUCAUGCAACACAAAUGAGGGGGAGGGGGGGUUAUGCACUGUCAUAGAAACAGCACAUCAGCGGGCGGGACCUGGUCUACCAGGAGAUGCAGACGCUGUUUGACGACUUCAGUUCGGAUACCAUGGAAAAGCUCUUGCAAAAAAUCUCGUUGCCGGAAUGGGUAGCGAAGGUCUACCAGCGGGAUGACACUCCCGAGGCGGACGAGGUAGAUUACGUUUCCGAUACGGAGCUGGAGAUACUAAAUCCUGGAUUUACUUCUUCCUUCGGAGGAGCCCCCGGUGCGAUGAGCCACGAAUCUUCCACGGAACUACUACAAUUGACCUCCGACGAAGUCGUGGGAGGAGCUGGUACUGCUGCUGCGACGAAGAUGAACCCGCUCGGGGCCCAAGCGGGAACUAGUAAUAUCAAGCCAACAUCGUCCGCGGCGGCGGCGAGUACUACGAGUGGCCCAACUACAUCAGCAGCAGCGACAGCGCAAACGGCUGCGAUGAAGGUGGUUCUUGCCGCUGCGGCGGAGGAGGCGUCGAUCGGGGACGAUAUUUACGAUGAAGAUUUGACGUCCUCGGAGUUGCUGGCACUACAGCAUCAGCCACAGGGGCAGAAUCAAAUAGCCAGCAACGAAGGCGGAGUUACGUCGACUGUUGGCAACAGCACUGACGGUACAAUGCAGGAAGGAGUUGGUGCGAAGUUUGAUGCUGUGGAUACCGCUUUGGGGGAUGAUAAUGCGGGCACUGAAGCUGCACCUCUUCCGGGAGUACAACCAGAGCCAUCCUCUUUAGGAAGUCAACAAGCAAAUGACAUCACAACUGUUCUCCAAGUCGGCACUGCGCCUGCGUCCAGCUCUUCUUCCGUUGUUCCCGUGGCAGCACCGUCUUUGGGAGGCGCAGUCACUGCUAGUAGCGCAGAUGGAGCUGCAGGAGCAAAGACCGCGACAAGCGCCACAGGUACUACAGAACAAGAGACAGGACAAGUAGUAAUGGCCCACACGCUCUCGGCACCCCCUGGGAAAAACGCCGGAGAUAGAAAUGCAGCCGGCGGAGCUCCCAGCGAAGUAGAUCCACCGCAAGGCCAGAACCACGACAGGAUAGGCGGCGUAAAUGCACAAGCGUCCCCCGCUGCGGAUGAUGAAACGUCUCCCAUGGCAGGCGGCGCCAGAAAUAAGAACCUGCAAGGCGGGGGCUCCGCGGCGUCCAAUUCGCUGCCAAGUAAGCCGAGCGGACUUAUGAACAAUAAUAUCGGUGCAACAAGAACUUCUGGUACAACUACAUCAACUAGCAAAAACAUUUUGUCCCCGCAGCAGCAAGACCCGCACUACUUCGAACCACCCCUGCGCGCCUCGAAAUCCCUGCCCGUCAGCUUCGGCAAGGAUCCGGACAAGUUCGACUUUGACUCGGCGUUUUCAUCGGUCUUUCUUGACGAGGCUAACACAACUGGUAGUACCAAUUAUGCCAACACCAUUUCCGGGUGUGGCGAAGCGGAGCUCCGCGCCAUUCGGGCCGGGAUGGCGGUGAGCAACAAUCAGAAUGGCUUUGCGCCGUACAAGAAGCUGCUGCACCGAAAACUGCAAGCGGCCAAGUUUCGCAAGAAAAUCUGGAGCGAGCCCUGGGACAACAAGAAAAAACGCAUCGAACAGACUUCCAAGUACGCAAAGCUGAAGUCCUGGUCUUAUCCUGAUUAAAAACGUCCCCACACCAGAGUCAAGAUGGGAAAUCUGCUAGACAAAUCACACCGCUUUGGUUGCUUGGCAUGACAAGUUUGCCCUCGUAGUGUCAUCCUGUUUGGCUAGCUCAGAAGCAUCACAGAUCUACCAUAGCAUGCUGAUCCUAGCUGCAUCACAAAUCCCAAAACACGAGUAGAAAAUGCUUCUCAUAGGGCUCCGCAUGAGAAACUUUUUUGGCAUGCAGAAUGGCAUGACAACUUUGGGGUGGGGAUGUUUUUACACGGGAUAGGUCUCUGCGGAGCAUUAUAGUGAAAUCCGGCGACGACGUGCGACAGGAAGUGUUAGCCAGCCAGCUGAUAUGCAUUGCAAAACGAUCGUACUAGUAUGAAUUGCAUUACAAGUUUUUAGCUCAGCAUGACAAAUUAAAUUUGUAAUGCGGAUCUACCUUGACACGCACCUAGAUUUUGAUUUUGAUUUGUAAUGCAUAGCUGCUAUUGCUACGAGUACGAUAUUUUUGCGAUUCAUAGCUGAUCUCCCAGUUCAAGUGGAUUUUUGACCAGGCGCCCGGCCUGAACUUGUAGUUUAAUUUAGGGCUGAAGUGAUCUUUAUCUUUUUGUAUCUGUUUCAAAGUCGAGACCGGUUCUUCGUCCCGCUAUUCUCCUGUGUAAAAAGCAAAGACAUCAAGAGCGAUCAUGUGGGUUCAACAUCUGCAAGCCCCGAGAGUGCGCCACCUGUUGUCGAUCGGUGCAAGAACUCGAUACUAGACAGAGUAUGAUGAAACACCAGUAAAACUAAGACUGUAUCUUCGACUCCCUGUGAUUUUAUUUGCUCAGGUACCUCCGCCCGAUCGAGGUUCUGAUUACCGGCGCGCGCUCGGGGUUCAUUGAGAUGGUGCCGGACUCCAUUUCGAUUGACCGGCUCAAGCGGAAAUUCCCGGACAAGUCACUGUCCGAAGUCUUCAACACGUAUGAAAGCCUCAGGUUGGAAAUCCUCAAAGCGGAAAUAGUUUGUAAUGCAAAAAACCAGUCCAGUUGAAGCGCCACUUUUAGGCGGCGCAUGACAAAUUUCCCGGGCACUCAAAGCAUGUCUGUCAUGCUGGUUAAGGCAAAAGGGUGCCCUUCUCUCGUGCUAAUCAGCACUACAAUUCUUCCCCCGUAGAAGGACAACAGUCGGCCUCCAUUGCGUCCGCUGCAAUACAGUCUUUUUUGCGUCGCAUUUCAUGCAUCACAAAUUAUUUCCAUUUUGAGGAUUUCCAUUCUGAGGCCUUCAUAACACGGCUUUCGGCGACCGGCUGCUGCAGGCCAAGCGGGCCUUCACCGAGUCGACGGCGGCCUAUUCGUUGGUGUGCUACUUUCUGCAGGUUCGGGACCGGCACAACGGGAACAUGCUGCUCGACCGCACUAUGGAACUGUCAGGAUCGAAAUUGACAGAGUUGAAAUAGCCUGUGAUGCAUAAAAUGCAACGUAAAAAUUGCCACUAUUGCAGAGGACGCAAGGGAUGCAGAUUGUAAGCCUGUUGGGGGGGUAGAAAUUGAGCUACUAAAGUAGCAUGACAAAAGGCGUCGUCCUUACCCAAACAGCAUUACAAACUGGAUUUCAGUUCUACGCAAAAUUGUCAUGCGCCACUUGAAAACUAGGCGCCAACGGGGAUCCGUUUUAUGCAUCGCAAACUAUUUCAACUUUGACGAUUUCGAUCCUGACACUUCCAUACGCAACGGACACAUCAUCCACAUCGAUUUCGGUUUCAUGCUGAGCAAUUCCCCGGGCAACAUCGCGUUCGAAACCUCGCCGUUCAAACUGACGCAGGAAUUCCUGGACAUUAUGGACGGGGAAGAAUCCGAGCAGUACCAGUACUUUUGUACGCUCCUGAUUCGUAUGCAUUGCAAAUAUGUCUGGGUCUGGAAGAAUGCGAGGCUUGCCAUGCUCGGCUAGCAUAGCUCUCAAGUCUGUUAUGCACGUAGUUUCCCAAGACAGUCUCGCUUUUCUGUCAUGCGGAAAGAACGCAAUUUGUCAUGCGGAAUAGACCACUACACCUACCGACGGAGAGUUUUGUCAUGCUGGGCUGGCAAUUGCGGCACCCUCAUGAUUCGCCAAGAACCCGCAUCACAAGUUUGUUCCAGACCCAGACAUAUUUGCAGUUGAUAACUCGCGGCUUUCUGGAGGCGCGGCGGCACAUCGAGCGCAUUUCCACCCUGAUCCAGUCCUUGGCGAACAGUAACCUGCCGUUAUCAGAGUGAAAAAUGCCCCCACGACCCCGAAAGUUUGAAUAAUUUGUGAUGCGAAGUUUCCAAAUGAGAACCUUUUGUCAUGCAUGAAAGGACUACGAAUCUUCCUCUUCGUCUUCCUGAUGCAGAGGCUAGUCGUAUAGAGCAUCCUCGCUUGCAUGAUGCGCGCCGCUCUUGCUGGGAUCUUUUGCAGUGCAAAUUUUUGCUAUUCACGAUUGAAAAUCUGUGAUGCUGAUACAUGCAAGACGGCGAGCGUUUCCAUUGGAAAGCCUUGCAAUACAAAUGCUCCCAAGUAGUUCCGGGGUGGGGACGUUUUUCCUCACAAUAACCGUGCUUCAGCGGAAAGCCGUGCUCGUUGAUCAUCACGGAGCUGGAAGAAAGGUUUUUCCGUGGCAUUCCCGACGACGCCUGCAUCGAACAAAUUCAUCUAUGAAUUGCAAGAAAAGUAUCGCACUCGUCGUACAAAUGCAUAUACAAACAACGUCCCCAGCGUGAGAAAUUAAAUUUGUAAUGCGGUUUACCUCAAGAAAAUAAAUGAAAAAGACUUCGUAAGAAUGUAUGACUGCAAUUACUACGAGUGCUGCGAAACUUUUGCGGUUCAUAUCAUCACUUAAUCGACAACUCCGUGAACAACUGGCGCACAAUACCAAAAAGAAAAAUCCCCCUCCCCAUAUCGAAAAGGACAUCUGUGAUGCUGGAUUUGCGUACACAAAUCAGAUGCGUCUUGCAGUAGAGGACUGCACGCAGAUCGCGAGGCUAGAGAGGGACCUUUUUGGUGUAGGCGCCUAGCAUGGUAGACGGCUGCCCUGUAGUCCUUCCAGCAUUACAAAGCGCCCGCAUUAUAGUGUGGCAGAGAGCCCGGCGCUGCCUUCUAGCAAGACAGACAGGAUUUGUGGCCACAGAUCUGCGUCACAAAUUUCCAGCAGACAGCACGUUUUCAAUAUGAGGACGGGGGAUUUUUCCUCGCAAUACACCAGGCAGUACGACAACUACCAGCGCAUCACGAACGGGAUUUUGUGACAAAGAAGGAGAAGUACUAUAACCGGUUGCUGAGGAUGGAAAACAAAUCAGCGUAGUGGUCCUCCCUGAAGAUCCUCCUGAUGAUCACAGCCAGUGCCGUUAGAUGACUUCUUAAUCCACUUUCAGCAGCAUUUUUGGGUCUUCUUGCCGUGGAGUAGAAGUUGUACCGUCUGGAGGAUCCUUCUUCGAUCUACUUCGAUCAAGAGCUGCAACUACCCCGGCUGGGACGACGCUCCUGCACCAAGCCAUCGUACGAGGUAAAGGACGAGCUCUUCAUCCUCGGUGGAGCAGGACGAGUUGCCACAGACAAGCUACUAGCACCAAAUGAAACACAAAUAUUAAGUAGAAGACGGCCAUGAUGCUGGGAAUUAUAAACAAGCUACUUUGAAUAUCCUGUGCAAAAGUAUCGUACUCGUAGUAAUCGCAGUCAGCACUGCAAAUCUUUUUCUUAAGGGAAACCCGCACUACAAAUUUUAUUCGUCAUGCUGAGGGAAUUUGUCAUGCGAUUUAUACUUAGUACGAUGCUUUUGCAUUUCAUAUUGAAAAUACUUGUUAGUACCAAGGAGUAAACCAAGUAGAACCCGGCGUCGGCAGGAGUGCAUCGUCGAUCCUGGGCAUCAAUACCUACAGACUGUUUUCCAAGAUUUUCGCCGGAGAAACUUUUUCAAAGAAUGUGUGAGGUUUGCACCGCAAAGGAGUGUGAAAAACAAAUACGUAAUGAACCGAGCUCGAGCUAAAAAUUACAUGGUGCAAGAACUUGUACGACUUGGGGAAAUAUGCGUCCUUUUUUUCUUGAUUCGGAAAUUUGAAGUUAUCGAUUAAUCGAUUUUUUAGGAUGUUGCCAGGCUUGGAGGUCGUGACCAGCAAGAACCACUAGAACAGAUAGUGAUAGAAGAAACUACGAAUUAUUUUUCAAAGGCACCACGAGUAGAUAUCAUACUGCGGAAAUAAUUUUUCCGAUUUAGGUCAGUGUCCUGUCAGUCGAUUGAUGAGGAGAUGAAGACGACAGUCAGAACAAGGGGCGACACGAGAAGAUAAAGUUCAAGGUCUGGUGGCUACUAACUAGGAGGUCGGUCCUCUCGCGUUCUACUUCAUGAUUGACGUUAU